GAUUUAUUGCAAGCGCUGAACUGAUCUUGAAUUGAUUAUACGUAUGAUCCUCUCCACGCGGAGUCGUCCGAAUCCUCGACCCUCCGACGCUUCAAUAGCGACGCCGACCGUUGUCAAUCCAUCCAUCCAUGCACUUCGGUCCCCGAAGGAUGGACCCCACACAUUGAUAAGAGUGCUGGGACGCGAUCCUACUCUAGCUGACAGGGUGAACAAAGGGAGAAGCUAAAAAAAGGAUUGCAGAGAUUCGAAACAGGCACAGCCACCAAGGCGUAUGACGGAUAUUGUCCCGCAUCGCAUGCGCCGAGUUGGGGGCCAAUCUGACCAGCUAUAACAGCCCGUCAUCCUGCCUUUGACGUCUCUAAUUCUCACGUCCCAACUCUGUAUCCUACUCACCAUGCAUCCGCGACUCUUCUUUGGGGCAGCCAUCCUCCUGGGCGCGGACGCCGCCGCCCACCUCCCCUUCCUACCCCCCACCGAAUUGCCCAGCCCUCGCCCAUCUCCAGGCCUCUUCGGCGACGCCAUCGACCAAGACACACUGCGCCCCCAUUUAGCUGAUCCAGAAUGGACAUCCACCGUAUCCAAACACCACGGCGACCCCGCCAUGAGGUCCUACACGCAGCGCUUCCUCGCCCAGCUGCGCAACGCCACGAUCGCAACCCGCGACAGCCCCACAGUCCAUCGCCUACGGGACGGCCCUAGCACGAUCGGACUCCUCGACCUGACCGACUCCACAGUCGUCAUAGUUCUCUCGAACGAGGAAAUCCACGUCUCCUACCUCGAGCGACACCCGUCCAGCGCGCAAUACUCCAACCGCGGGAACCAACCAUCGGCCGCCGAGCACCCCCAGGCCCGGCUCGUGCGCCCCGACGAGACGCAAAUACCCCACCCGUCUGCCGCUGACGGAGCGACCACCGCCCCGCAAGUAAUCCUCAUGACGCCGUAUGCGCCCGGCACACGCGAGCACUUCAAACACCCAGCGCACAUCCGGCAGCUACAAGACGAUCUGCAGGGGAUCGUCGGAGGUGACAGCCACGCCGGUCCCACCGUAGUGGGAUAUACCCUAGACGACGAGGAGGAGGGGUACGUCUCACCAACCCACGGCAAGGUCCUCAUCUCCUACAACCCCAUCCACCACCUGGAGUGGUGCGAGGAAGAAAAACGCGACUACAUCUACUCAAGCGUGGACAUCUGGACGGGGGACGCCGCGCGACCGGUGCAUUCGCGGGUAUGGCGGGCACCGAAUCAAAACCAGAGGCCGGCUCUAGAGCGGGGCGGACGACCGGAUGAAGCGGAGGGCCGUCACGCGCCGAUGGAUCUCAAUCGGCUGAAUCUGAAUCUGCAAGAGGAGGAAUCGCUGGCGUACCUUACCUGAUUUGUUCAUCCCGUUAUAUAGCCCAGCCCUGUACUUAGUAGUCAUAGCGUUGAUGGGCGAAGGAGCCGGGAUCGAUUUGGGCGCUGGGCGUCCACUAGUUCGUUUUGAUAUACCCCAUUUUGCUUGUCGGUUACCGAGGGCCGUUGAUUUUGAUCUUUUCUUCAAUAAUUACUAGUUCGGGAAUAAUGAAUAAUUGAUCGCAUA